GGCCAAUUGUGCGCCGCCCAUGAGUCUCCCGGUCGUGGCGGGCUGUAAAACACAAAAAGAACAGCCAGAGGGAUUACACAGAAAAUGAGAAAAUAUUAUAUAUAUAAAAUCAUAACACAAAUCAACAUUAUAUCAAAUACAGACAUGUAAAGAUUACAUUUUUUUGACAUUUUGUUUUGUAUACGUUUUAAUAGUGCUAAAUAGUUUUCCAAAUCUGAUUAAAAAUAAAUAGAAAAUGUGCUUUUUCUUCAUACAUUUUUAUUUGUGUAUGAAAUAUUUUCAUAAUAAAGAGAUGUAUGACAUACUGACGUUCAACUGUGGAAUCAGUGUAGUAAAAUAAUAUGUCAAACUUAGAUAUUUCAAUGGUUGUAUGCAUUUUGUUGUCAAGAUAUAGUUGUACAUCAGUCCAGAACACAAAGUCAAAAUUGGUGCCUGGUACUCUCACGCGUGUGUAAUCGCUUGAAUGAACGUAAUUCAUCACGUGAACACAGUGACGCUUAGAAAAUGUUCGUAGAGGAGGGCCGUGUUCGAGAGGAUCAAAACCGUAAUGUAUCAUGGGUCUGUUCCAGAAAGAAGUAGGUCCAGACUGAUCCAGCUAAGGAGUGAUACUGAGCAGAUACAUGGAUAGCCAAAUGAAGCAGCGUGUCUUCACUGGGGUCGUGACCCAUCUCCAGGAGCAUUAUGGGAUGGUGGACCAGGAAGUGCGUUUUCAGAAGAGUGUGGUGAAGGGGAGAGUUCCGGCGCUGGGGGAGAGGGUGCUGGUGAAGGCUGUCCUGGAUCUGUCUCAAUCCCACAGCUGGAGCGCCCAGAGAGUACAGACCCUCACAGAACACACACAGACGUCAAAGUUUCCUCGUCCUCUCCUGCCCUCCAUGAUGCCUGCACACGGACAGAAACCGGGCAUUCUGGGUAGCAAGCCGCAGCCUCUCCUCAAAUCUCCCAAGAUCCCUCCUCUCAUCCCCAGCAUCCUUCACACUGUGGCCAAACCGGGGUUGCUGCAGACUCCAUCAUGGGGGGGGCAGUUUGAGGGCUGGGGCAGAGGCAUCAGGAAGAGACCUUCUGAGGCAGGGAGACGAGACCGCCGGGAGGACAGUGGAGUGAGGGGUUGUGACCAGAAGAGGAGGAGGUGGAAGGAGGAGGAGGAGAAGGGAGCUCACCACAAAAAGACCUCCCCUACCCCACCUCAAAGUCCCGCCCUCUUCUCCUGCUUCCCCAGGGAUUGUGUGUCCUGUGACAGUCUAGAGCUACAGCGUCGCUACCCCCACCUUCCCCUCCCCCCAUCUGUCUGCCACCUGUCAAUCAGUUGGAUUGACAGCUUUCCCUCCUCCCAGCCCCUCCCCUUCCCCCUCCCACAGCCCUGCCUUUACCACAUAGGCCCCGCCGAGCCCGACCAACACACAAACAUCGAGAGAGAGGGCGCGGAGUACACUGUAAAGGUGCUGCUGCUGUCCAUGGCCAGUUCAGAGGAACUGUACAGACGGUGCUGUGGGCUGCAGGACCAGAAAGAACAGCAGGGUGGUGCUGUGCACCCUGCCUCUCUCAUCAAGUUCCUGUUGGGGGAGGUAGGGGGUGAGUUUCGGGCCCUGGGGGGUCCGUGGUGUCUUGAGACAGAUGGUGGCGGCCCCAGUCCGCUGAAGGACCCUCGGGCACUGCUGAGGACAGCCCUGCGCUGUGUGAGGGAACAGAGUGGACUGGACCUCAGCGGCUGCUCCCAGUGGUAUAAGAUGGCUGAGCUGAGCUAUGUUUGUGAGGGGAAGGUGGAGACAGUGGUGUUUCUGUUACCUGAUGUCUGGCGGAUCGUACCUACAGAGGAGGACUGGAGCACACUCAGGACUCAGGAGGAGGAAGGGGCCCCUCUCCCUGCUGCUCCCUGCCUGGUUGCAAGGCCUCGUCCUGGGCUAGCCCUCUGCCCCGUCCCCCUCUCCUCUCUCCUGGAGCCCCACACCUCCACAACCAAGGAGGCCUUUGAGGUGGGAUUGCUGGCAGAGUUGUUUUGUGAGAUGCUUCAGAGGGACUUUGGUCUGCUGCUCUACCGCUGUCUCUGCUCUCUAACGCCUACACACACACCCAUGGAGGAUGAACAGAUAAAGCACGACAAAAAGCAGAGAAUGCGGGAUGAGAGGAGUAAAAGAUUUCAGGAAAGAGGAGAGAGCCGAGGGAGAGCAGCGGAGGAUAAGGAGGAGACUGAUGACGAUGGAGAAGAGAUAGAUGAGAAAGAAACAGAAGGAGAGGUAGAACGAGAAAGAGAAAUGUUGGGAGAGGAGGGAAUUACUUGUGAGAAUUCAGACUCCCUCUUAAAGCACAAUGUGCUGUCUCGUAGGGUGUUGUUGGCCUGUGUGUUCUUUGACAGACGGCUCACUGGCAGCCUCAGACAAGCAGACCUUCACAACAUCUUACUGUCACUAGGGCUGUGGCUCACACCCACCCAAGUCCAGGUGGUGUUGAAUAAGGUGUGUGUGGAGGGGCAAUGUCCAUACAGGAUGCUAGCCUCUCGCUGGGAGGAGACGGAACACACAGAACCAGACAUCAGCAUGGAAGGUAACCGUGGGUUGUUUCGUGGAGCUCCAAAGAAGGAGAAGGCAUCUGGCAGGAAGUCUGGGGGGUCCAGGGGGCCAACUGCAGCCGUGGGGGCUGAGGUGGUCUCUUACAGGGGCAGUGUGGUCAACAUCCCCAGCCUGCUACUGGCCCUGGAAGCAGCAGACAGAACACGGAACGCCCUGGAGCUACGCAUUGCCACCCUACAGGACGCACUGGUGGAUGCUGCGGCUGUCACUCAGGGCCAGGAGGAGGGUCUUGGCAGCAGGCUGGAGAAGGCGGAGCUUCGAAGCUCAUCCUAUGAGAAGAAGCUGAAGGAGGACGCUGGUCACAUGUUCGCCCUCAUCCACAAGAUGCAGGAAAUGGUCGACAAGACGACAAGCCUGACCCAAUCAAAAACAGAGACAGUGGAUGAAGAGUACUGAUUGGUCGGAGCAGAACAGAGAAGUGAAGAUAAACUUGAAAGAUUACACUACUACACACACGCACCAGCCAGAUUGACGGGGAUGAGUGAGUGACUACACACACAUACAGUCAUGACCGAAAUUUAUUGGCACCCUUGAUAAAGAUUAUCAAAAAAGACUGUAUAAAAUAAAUAAUACAAUUACUGAGCUAUAUUGUAUGCUCCCACAUUUAAAAAAAAGUAUAUUAUUUUAUACUAAUACAACUGCUUAACGAAAGAGAUUUUGUUUUUCUCAAUAAGAUGGGAGUCAAAAUUAUUGGCACCCCUCUUUUCAAUACUCCGGCACUCUCCCCUUGUAAGGAUAACGGCACUGAGCCUUUUUCUCAAAUUAUUUAUGAGAUUGGAGAACACAUUGGUAGGGAUCUUAGACCAUU